AUGGCGCAGGAACCGGAACGAGAUCUCAACGGGCUUCCCCGGGAAAAGCUGGCCGAAGUGCUCGACUCUUUCCGAGACCCGGAGGUAUUCAAUGCGGUAACGGGACCGUGGAAGUCCAGGGUUGCCUGGCAGGGCGGCAUGAGGGCGCGCGCUUUCAUGCGCAACCACACCGUGGACAUGGACGAGCCCGGCGACCUGACAGCCACCGACGUGGCGGCCAGCGCCCACGAGCAGCUGCUCUCGGCCAUCGGUAGCUGCAUGACAGUUGGCUUUGUGGUCAACGCCACCAAGCAGGGCGUCCGCAUCCACGAUCUGGAAGUGGCGGUUGAGGGAUACUUCGACAACAUCCGUAAGUGGGCCGGUGUCGAGGACGAAGGCAACCCCGGCUACGGCAGAAUCUCGGCCAAGUGCUUCGUCCGCGCUGACGCCGAUGAGGACACGCUGCGUGAGAUCUGGCGGCUGGCCGUGGAGGGCUCGCCCGUGACGCAGUCUGUAGUCAAUCCCACCAACGUCACCACAGACUUCGAAGCGAUUGGCUAA